AUGAUGUCUGCGUCUGAGGCAAACGGCGAAGCGGGGACGCCGUUUGAGCGUUUUAAUGCAGAAACUGUACGCUUGAAGCGCGUAUACCAGCAUUAUCUGGACCGCGUCGUUCCACACGUCGUCGAGCGCUGGCUUGGAGCUGCGGUGUUGCUUGCAUUAUUUGAGCUCAGGAUCGUGGUAUCACAAGGCUGGUACAUUGUAUGCUAUGCGCAUGCCAUCUACUUGUUGAACUUGCUGCUCGCCUUCCUCCAACCAAAAUUCGACCCUUCGCUGCAAGAUGACUUGAUGGCCGAUGAGCUGGAAGGUGGCGGCGACCAACCAACAUCCCCUCUCCCCAGUACUCGUGACGACGAGUUCCGUCCCUUCGUCCGCCGCCUGCCUGAAUGGCAGUUCUGGUUAAGCGUGACGCGCGCCACGAUCAUCUGCACUUUCCUCACCGUGAGCCAAGUGUUCGAUGUACCGGUUUACUGGCCGAUCCUGGUCCUCUACUUCUGCGUGCUCUUCGUUCUCACUAUGCGCAGGCAAAUACAACACAUGAUCAAGUACCGCUAUGUCCCAUUCGACUGGGGUCGAAAGACUCGCUACGGUGGCCACUAG